CGCCCCGCGCCUCCAGCCCAACGCUCCGAGCGGCUUUCGUUGCCACUGUCUGCUCCCCGGAGCCGCUGCCGGCUCCAAGCUUGGGUUCUGUCCGUUGGGCCGCUUGCCCCGAGGCAGGAAGACGAGUUCGAAGAGGAUGCCUGGGCCCGUCGCUCGCGGCCCCGGGUGAAGCAGGCCCGCGCCGGCCGGCGCCAUGGGAAGGAGCGGGAACCACAGUUGCCCCUCGCCGGCAUGUGCGCCUAUUGAGCCCCGCCGCAGGCAGCCCCCGGCCGCAGGUCCCCGAGUGACACUGGCGGCACCUGGGAGCGUGGCGCGGCCCCGGGGCCACGCCGAGGAGCCCAGCGUCCAGUAGAGCCGCCGAGGACCUGCCGCUUGUGCCGCAGCCAUGGUGAUGUCCCAGGGCACCUACACGUUCCUCACUUGCUUCGCCGGCUUCUGGCUCAUCUGGGGUCUCAUCGUCCUGCUCUGCUGCUUCUGCAGCUUCCUGCGCCGCCGCCUCAAACGGCGCCAGGAGGAGCGACUAAGGGAGCAGAACUUGCGUGCCCUGGAGCUGGAGCCCCUCGAGCUUGAGGGCAGCCUGGCUGGAAGUCCUCCCGGCCUGGCGCCGCCGCCGCCACCGCACCGCAGCCGUCUGGAGGCGCCUGUGCACGCGCACUCGCACGUGCACGUGCACCCGCUGCUGCACCACGGGCCGGCGCCGCCGCACGCGCACCCGCACCCACACCAUCACGCACUGCCGCACCCACCGCCGCCGCACCUCGCCGUGCCGCCCCGGCCCUGGAGCUAUCCGCGCCAAGCGGAAUCGGACAUGUCUAAGCCGCCGUGCUACGAGGAGGCGGUGCUGAUGGCCGAGCCGCCGCCUCCCUACAGCGAGGUGCUCACGGACACUCGCGGCCUCUACCGCAAGAUCGUCACGCCCUUUCUGAGCCGCCGCGACAGCGCGGAGAAGCAGGAGCAGCCGCCUCCGAGUUACAAGCCUCUCUUCCUGGACCGGGGCUAUACUUCGGCGCUGCAUCUUCCCAGCGCCCCGCGGCCCGCCGCACCCUGCCCUGCCCUCUGUCUGCAGGCGGAACGCAGCCGCCGGGUUUUCCCCAGCUGGACCGACUCAGAGCUCAGCAGCCGAGAGCCCCUGGAGCACGGAGCUUGGCGUCUGCCGGUCUCCAUCCCCUUGUUCGGGAGGACUACAGCCGUAUAGAGGGGCGCCCGGCGUCCCGAGCCCCACGGGCGAACUCCUAGCCUGACUGCGAGGCUUUUUAAAUGCUUCCCUUGGACUGCAGGGAGGGGUGGGGGGGAGGGAGGGAUUUCUUACCCUGUUUGUUACAUUUUGAGGAUAAUAAAGGUGUGUGAUCUGCUUUGGUAC